CCUCCGCCUCGUCCACUCUGUUCUCCAGUCUUCGUUAAUUCAGAUUGAAAUGCAAACACCGACCCUCUUCGUUAAUUCAGAUUUAAAUGUGAACACCGACUCUCAGUGAAAUCUAUCCCCGCUAACAUGGCAUUGUAACGGCGUGCAGUGGCUCUCCUGCAUCGGCAUUAACCCGGCUGUGCAAAGGCAAAGUGCACUGGCUAUUUCUGGCAAGAUGGCGUCUCUCCCAGCAAUCACCCUCAGCUUUGCUGCCGUCGACAGCAGGCCCGACCGCCUCGACUCGAUAUCGGACUCGUUUUUAUUUCUAUUGUCCCUGAAAACCCCGAGCAGCCGCGAUGACGCUCUGCCUGGCCUUGGAGGACGUGGAGGCCCUGUACUUAGGGCCCUCCUUUCUGACGGCUGACCCCAUGGGGCCCCUUCUGGACGAUGAAGAUGAAGAAGCUCUCUCUCCCUCCUGCUCUCUAGAGGGGAAAGCUCCAGCUUCGCCCCCCCUCUCUUUCUCUUUCUCCUCCUCUUCCUCCCCUCCUCCCCCCUCCCACGCCUCCCUGUUCCUGGGAACCAAAGCCUCAGAGGACCCCCUCCCCUGGCUGCUCCACGCCCCGACAGGAGCAGAGCACUGCAACGCAGACGAUGCGUUCGCUGGCAUGGACUGGAUGUCGGAGAAAAUUGACCUGAGUGAUUUGGACCUGGAGUCUCUGAUUGGCUCUGACGACUCCCCCGAGGAGCUGCUGGCCUCCCUGGACCCCCACAUGGACCUGGACCUGGACGCCUUCCACUCCUCCCUCCCUCUCCCCCCUCUGCCUCUGGAUCUCCCCCCUCUGCCUUUGGAUCUCCCCCCUCUGCCUCUGGGUCUCCCCCCUCUGCCUCUGGGUCUCCCCCCUCUGCCUCUGGGUCUCCCCCCUCUCCCUCUGGAUCUCCCCCUGGAGGAGGAUAAGGAGGUGGUGCUGAAAUCCGAGCCCCCCUCCCCUGCUUUCACCCUGGAACUGGGGAGUGAAGUGGACGUCCUGGAUGUCCUCUCCUCCCCCGUUGUACUCCCCUCUCCUCCCCCCUCAGGCCACAUGUUGGUAGUGAACGCUCUCCCCGAUCAGCCAAUCAAAACCUCUCCUCCAUCCAGCGACUGUGAGAGCGACUCAGGCAUCGAGUCCUUCACCGACUCCCCCCCUCGCCUCCUUUCUUCUCCUCCAACUCCAACGCUUCCCUCUUCCUCCAGGACCAAGCCGUACUCUAAAAAACCAGAACCUUCCUCCUCUUCCUCUUCCUCCAUCUCCAUCAAAAUGAAAUCGGUGUCCGGCGCUCCCAAAGUGGUGGAGAAGAAGCUGAAGAAGAUGGAGCAGAACAAGACGGCGGCCACUCGUUACCGGCAGAAGAAGCGGGUGGAGCAGGACCUUGUGAGCGAGGAGUGCGAGGAGCUGAUGAAGAAGAACGAAGCUCUGGAGGAGAGAGCGGAGGCCAUCAGCCGGGAGAUCAAUUACCUGAAGGAGCUGAUGGAGGAGGUCCGCAGGCGCCGGAACAAGAGCAAGGCUCCGUGAAGAGAGGCCGGGUUUAUAUCCAUCGUUACAAAGGGUUCCUCAGAAGGUACAGAAGUCCCAGGGUCCUCCAACAAUGCAACUUAAAUAUAUAUAGUGCAGGAAAUAACAGAUUAGAAGUCAAAGGGUCUGGGGGCAGUCGGGUGAAGGCCCCUCAGCCCCCACAAUGCACCUCUGCACUAACGGUUUGUUUUGUAGUCCAGACAUCACGACGUUCCCUCGGCUUCAGCGAAUUCCCCGUCUCAAGAGCUUCAAGUCCAGAAGGGGCCUCGACCCCUCCACCAGUCCCUGAUGUUAAACUGUGUGUGUGUGUAUAUAGUGUUUCCUCCUGUGCUGCAGAUAUAGAAGCGCCUGUUAUUGAUCGCAGGGUAAUCCUGAUCGUAGCCCUUAGUGCUGCUGAUCGGCUUGUAAAAAUGCUUUGCUCCUCUUUUCUAAUAAAUAUCUUUCAGUGCUCA